CGGCCGUACCUGUUUCCAGCAUGGAAGAAAUCCUAGAAAUAGUCUCCAUUUUCCUGACCCCCAAGGCCCCUGACGGGCGCACUGACAGAUUAAGGGAGUGGUCUGGCGAAAAGAAGAGAAGAUUGGAGGUGGAGGGGUUCGAGAGCAGGUGAUGGUUUGGAGAUAAAUGAAAUGAUGCAAGCGAGCCCGGCGGCUCUUGUUGGGUUCGUCUACUGCUCCCCGCACUCCGACUCCGAGCAACUCUCCAACAACCACGCUGGACAGGGCUGGUGGACGUCGGUUCAAUGUGAAGAAUGUUAUAUCGGGGGACUUUCGGUUUUAUUUCACUUGCCAGCAGGAUUCCUUGACAAAAAAGCCUGGAGUGAGUGGCGUCGACACGCAGCUCUCCAUAGCAAUGGGACCUGUCCGCAGCAUAUAUUCGUUCGACUCGGUCACGGAUUUUCUAAAACAAGUCCUUUACAAUGAUGCAUGUGCUACAACUCUUGUCAUAUGUUCAACCAGAGACCACUUCCUAGGGCAAUUGUUUACUGCCAUACGCAACCACACAGACGAAACAGGCGCGUCCGACGGCCACCAAUUGUCCACCAAAACCAUUGGACUGCUGGCGAAUUCAAGCAAGAUCAGGUUACUGUUCUGCCCAACACUGGAGAAUCUACGAGCUUGUCUGUCUGCGUUGCAUUCGAGUGAUGUUAAACAAGACACAGCACACGUUGAUCAGCAGGGCCGACGACCGUUGCUGGCAGUUCUUAAUCUGCUUGCUCUACAUGUCUCCACGUCUGAAUUCUCUGCACAGGGACUAUCAAGGACUUUUGCAAAUGUGGUGGAAGUGUCGUCUCGAAUGGGAAUGAAUCUUGUGCUAUGUGAAUGCAGAGAUAUCCUUGAUCCCAGCAAUGAACGCGGCGAGGCACUAUGGAAUGUCCAUGUCCCAUUGCUCAAUGGAUCUGUCCGAUUUGGGGGAGAUGAAAGUACUUUGAGAGGACGCAGCGUGCCAGUGAAAAGAGUUGCGCAACGAUGGUUUGAGUUCAAUGAAAAAAUUGACCAGAAAGCUCCUCGCAAUCCUUGAGAAAUAUGUUACAAUGGAUGCACUUCGUAUAUAUUAUUUCCUCGUGCUU